UUGAACAGUAGUUUGCCUUCUCAAACAAGGGUCAAAGAAAAUUACUUGUUUUUUGUGCUUAUAAACUGACCCACUUGGAAGUGCUUGGAGUCGACCACUCUCGUGCAAAGCCAAGCCAAGAGUAAACUCUGUUUCCUCUGUUUUUCUUCUCUUCUUCCUCUGCUUAUCUCAAUAGCCCCAUUCUCUACUCUUCUCCUCUUUUUUCUAUCGCUGAAGUGAAUGUGAGACGGCAAGCAUAAAGCAUGGCAGAAUCGACGGAGGCGUGGCCGAUGGGACUCAGAUUCAAACCGACGGAGGAUGAGCUCGUCAGUCAUUACUUGACAAAAAAGCUCAGAGGAGGAACGGAAACCAUUUGCGUAAUUCCCGAGCUGUACAUCUACAACUGGGAGCCUCCGGAUUUAUUUAUCCUAUACGACGCAUUAUCAAGUAUACCAUCGGAUGGACGGGAGUGUUUCUUCUUUUGUCCCCGUGGUUGUAAUAGGAAGACUGCGUGCGGAUUUUGGAAAGAGACGAGUACCAAACGUGUUAUACAAGCACCGGACACCGGUAAGACAAUAGGGAUCAAGAGGAUUUUGGUUUACUAUGAAGGUCGACAACCAAAGGGCCGCAAGACUGAUGUGGCCAUGCACCAAUAUAACCUAGAUUCGAAUGUUUCGGAUAGUGAUAUUUCGGACCCGACGGCGUUGGUUGUCUGUCGCAUGAUAAACAGGAAAAGUAAGAAAGCAAAGUCAGCAACAGCGAGUACUUCAACCGAUUUAAGUGGUCCUAGCAGUCUGAAUGAUUCCCAAAAUGAAGACACACAAGAAAUUAGUACACAGGCAUCUCCUGGAGUUACUGUUGAGGUCCCCUAUCGGAACGAGACGUCGACUUUUAAUUUACCAGACCAGAAUGUGCCUAUUCCUGAUCAACAGCCACAAACGAGCAAAGAGCAACAAUUGUCUCGUGAUGAUCAUUGGCAAGUUGACGAACCUAGUGACAGACAUUGUCCUAUGCCAAAUUCUCCAAGCGACUGUAUGGAUCUCACAGAUCUCUUUAAUUAUGACGAGAGCACUGAUUAGUAUGCCAAAUUAGAGUGAUCAUGACUGUUUGAGGUCCUUUAUAAAUGUUUCUUUCAGCAUUGCUAAUUAUGUCAGUGAUAAUGCAGUGUACCAACUAUGCUUCUCAGACGAUAGGACACCAUAUCAAUCUUGUACCCUUGUAUAUUGUAUUAUUAUUGUUUCCUUAUAAUUUGUAUAUUUAUCUUGAUUUUAUCUA